GUACGGACAAGGCUAACGCGUCAACCGAAUACGAUCAGACAGAAAAGACGAUUACUCCUCUUGGAGGAUUCCCCCAUUACGGUAUCGUGAACGAAGAUUACAUCAUGAUCAAGGGAGCGUGCGUCGGUGUCAAGAAGCGUGUCUUGACGCUAAGAAAGUCUCUCAUUACUCAUAGCAAGCGAUCUGCUUUAGAGAAGGUUUCACUCAAGUUCAUCGACACGAGUUCGAAAUUUGGACAUGGCCGCUUCCAAACAGCCCAAGAGAAGCAUGCCUUUUUGGGAACCCUCAAGAAAGAUGUUCCCGUCGCCUAA